AUGAGAUGGUACUUAUCUUCACAAACAUAUUCUAUGCCGUCGGUACUGGACCUGUCAAGCGAGGCAUCUCCAAACUUGAAUUCAGAACCGUUGUUAAGACAGGAUGACUAUACUUCUUUAGGACAGGAUGACUAUACUUCUCACGAUUGCAUGAACCACCAAAAUCCGUCAGGUGAUCGAUACACCGGUUCAUCUUUCCCGUACAUUUCACCUGGCGCUGACGUACCUGGGUACUACCAGCCACAGUAUACGUGUGCGUAUCAUAACCAACAGCAAAGUUAUAGCGAUAACACCUUCGUUUGGAUCGGGGCCAAUAAUUAUUAUCCUGCGUCUUCUUACGACCAGAGAUGUUCAGAGCAACCAUACAAUCCCCAGCGACAGAAUCUUCGUCGAUACAACGCUAGUGAACGAAUUGAGAAGACCUCAAACAGGAAGCGUCGAGCUCCAACGGUGGCACAACGACGGGCAGCCAAUAUCCGAGAACGCCGCAGGAUGUAUAACCUGAACGAGGCGUUCGAUUGCCUGCGGCAGAGAAUUCCUACAUUUGCUUACGAAAAGCGACUGUCUAGAAUAGAGACCCUUCGCUUGGCUAUUUCAUACAUCUCAUUCAUGGCAAGGAUUGUCAACGGGGAAGACCCUAGCACACUGCGUGUCAACACCUACCCAUCGCUGACGAGUGCUUCCUCGUCUCUGACACAGUCUUCACUUCACCGCGACAGUGCUGCACCACUGAGUGCUGAUAAUGAUGAUUUCGAUGAAGACAGAGAUGAAGACGAAGACGAGGAAGGAGAAGACGACGAUAUUAGCGGGGCUGAUGAUGAAGUCACAGAUGACGACAGUUGUAACACCGACAAAACAACAAAUAUCUGUGAUACUCCUUGUGAAACUCAACAAAACAUUUAA